AUGCUGAAGACCGGCAAGGAUCUCUCCCAGGGCCAGGCCUUCCACCGGCAGCUGCUCAGCGAGUACAACACGGAGAUCACGUUGGACAACUACGUCUCCUACUUUGAGCUGAAGCCGAUUGCAAAAAAGAUCGAGCACAUCCGGCAAGCGUUGGAGUCCACGUACCAUAACCGGUACGCCCACCGCGGCGUCGUUGAGCCAUCGCCGACGUCGACGCUGACGAUUACGGAACCGCUGCAGGUGGUGCCCGUGCAGCCCUGCCUGUACGAGACGUCCGUCGCCGUCACGCCGACGACCCAGCGCGAUGACAAGGAGUUUCCCGCCUCGCCCGUCUGCGGCACACCGGUGAGGCGGCAGCAGCACAUCACCACCACGAUGUUCACCGACCCGCUCUCGCCACUCUUCUUCGAGACCCCCGGCUUUCAGGCGCUGAAGGAGACGGACAAGGAGCUGGCAACCCUUAUCCAGAGCCGCGUCCAGCUGCAGGAGUGUUUCUUCGAGAAGCUGCAUGAAUCGUACGUGCGCGUCAAGCGCUACCUCAUCAAACUCGAGCGCGACUUUGUGAACGCUGUUGCGGAGCUACGCACUUUCAACGAGGACCACAUCCGCAACGAGCUCCCGCGCAACUACAUCCCGUCGCUCUACCUGAAGCUUGAAGUCAUAGUCAAGUACCGCGCCGUCAACCUGAAAGCGUUCCGAAAGAUUCUGAAGAAGUUCCAGGAGCGGUGCGCCUGCGACAGCCUCGAGCUGCUGCAGCGUGUCGUGAACAUUGACCGGCUCAUCUACGCGAGCAACAUCUCACAGCCCUCCAUCGACUUCCGCAGCGCGGCGCUCGAUCUGAUUGUGGUGUACGGCACCGUCUUCCGACUCACGUAUGAGCAGGCCGUCCGCCACAUGAAGCGGUACGAGAACCGCACUGGCGUCAACGCGCAGCGUAUCCUGCCUAACAGCCAGACCUUCUUCGUCGCGGAUGCCUUUCCGCACCACGAGCGCCCGGGCACGUUUGCGGUGCGAGUGCUGUCCGGCACGUGCAGCCUCUUCUGCGAGAAGAUGAUCACGGAGGUGCUGCAGUGCCCUCGCUUUCCCGGCAACAGCUGCGGACGCUUUGCGAACGGCGAGGUCAGCGUGAACCUGCAGGCCCCUGUCCGUGGCGAUGACGUCUUCGUCGUGCAGUCCAUGGUCGCUCUCGAGUCGGAAAACCUCAGCAACGCGGGGGCGCUGAUGGAGCUGGCGCUGCUAGUCCACUCGGCGCAGCUCGCGGCGGCGGCGCGCAUUACGGCCGUUAUUCCGUACCUCGCGUACACGAGCAACGUCGCCUCCAUCUCGGCCGUGGCGGAGAUGAUUGAGUUGGUCGGCUGCCACCACGUCAUCACGGUGGACAUGCACAGCGACCAGGUGGAGGGCAUGUUCUCCAUCCCGAUAGAGAGCGCCUCUGCCAUGUACGAAUUUGUGCGCUACAUCUCGAAUCUAUUGGAAAGCGAGGGGAACACCUUCGAGAACAUCACGGUCGUCGCCCCAAGCGGCGAGUUUCUCGGUCGUGCGAAGGAGUACGCGGAUGCGCUCAUGCGCUACAACAACCUCGACAGCGCCACGCAGUUCGUGUCGGUGUGCACAGCGGUGCGGCGGGUAGAGACGCAGCCGUUGGCGUGCACCACUCGGGCCAACCGCCACAACUACGAGAUUCCACGCGUGAUGGCAGAAAGCCGCCGCUGCAUCGGCCUUUCCUCGUCUGGGGAGGUGGCGCACGAGUGCAAGCUGCAGCAACAGCAGCACGGGCCAGUGGCGCCGAGCGCGGAGGUGGGUACACCAAGCAGCAGCACCGCUGCAAGCGUGGCGACAAGCCACAUCAACGUUAACACCCCCAUUGAUGCCCAGGGGAAACAGUACCCGCAUAGCCCUGCUACGCCGCACGCGGCGGAUGCGGUGAUGUCGGAGCUAGUCGCCAUCGUUGGCAGCGAAUCACAGGCCGUGAGUUUCAGCACGCACAGCCACUACGCCACCGCACACGGCGGCACCCACAACCUGCUCCUGCAGCGCCACGGCGAGCCGGACAUGCUACGCAGCAGCAGCACUCUUGGUAUCGAGAAGGCCCUUCGACAACAGGAAGAGGGCCCUCAGGCGCUCAUCAUGCGUAAGGAGACAGCGAGCAAUGAAUACAAGAAAUACGUCCUCGUCGGCGAUGUCAAGGACCGCCUGUGCAUCAUCAUUGAGAGUGUGAUCGACGAGGCUAUUAACAUUACGAACGUGGCGCGCUGCCUUCAAGAGCACGGCGCAGAGCGCAUCAUCCUCGUCGCGACGCACGCGGUCAUGUCCGGUAAGGCAAUCCAUCUACUCGUCGAGUCGCCCAUUGAGCUGGUCUUGGUUACGGAUAGCGUGAAUCAGGACGAGCUCAUGAAGAACCCGGCGCUGGCGCGCAAGCUGCGCGUCGUGCCGAUCGCGCCAUUACUCGCGCGCGCGAUCGAGAAGAUUCACACGGAGAACACGCUCGCGACACUUUUCGACAAGUCCUAG